AUGGAGUUUCUCCAAAUAUUACUGCAACCCAGGAAUAGAACUGCCUGCUCCUUUGUCCCUUUACAGUGCAUUCUCACUGGCCUGCCAAAAUCACAGCUGUUCAGGCAUACAUCUGCUGUCUUAAUUAAGGCCCAGGGCUUCCAUUCUUCUUGCUGCAAUUGGAAGAAGAAGAAACCUCCAGAACCUGUACCCCGAAAGCUGGACUUGUUGCGAUAUGACAUGAAAUCACUCAAGGACUCUCCAAAGCCUGCCCUGUACUUGAGUGUUGCAGGAUUAAUUCCAUUUGUUUCAGUGCCAUUGCUAAUGGCUAUCCAGGAGACCUCCUAUCCAGAGUUGGUAUUUGCUCAGAUUGCAUAUGGUGCCUGUAUUGCGUCCUUCCUUGGUGGGAUCAGGUGGGGAUUUGCUAUUCCAGAAGGCAGCCCUGCCAAGCCUGAUUGGAUUAAUUUAGCAAACAGCAUUGUUCCUUCAAUAGUAGCCUGGAUUGCUUUGCUUUUCAAAGAUAGUGUACUUGAAGGUGGAACCCUUGUUAUUAUGGGCCUGGGGAUAGCCCUGCAUUAUGAUCUUGCCCUCCUUCCCACUUAUCCCAGUUGGUUUAAAGCCUUGAGGGCAAUUGUAACAUUAGUGGCUGUAUGUUCUCUGGUUGCUACAUUAUAUAUUGUAAACACUUACCCAGAGAAGCAUUUAGCUCCUGCUACAAAUAAAGUCGAAGACUCAAGAUAAACCAACAGAAAAUGCCAUAUCCCAAGAUAGUUCAGUUUCUUUCCUAAAGGAUUUUUAUAGGGCUGUAAGAACAUACUGGUAAUCCUUCUAUGAAAAAUACUAUGACAGAGGAAGCAAGGUGGUUGUACUCUGUGUUUGUGAGCUAUACUCA